CUUUUUUUAAGGAACUUGCCAGCUGCUAAGAUGACGAAGUAUAUUGUUUUUGAGGCCAAUUUGCUAGAACUUUUUGAUAGGUGCAGAGUGUGUAUGACACCUUGCAGUGGGAAUAUCAAUUCUAUCUCGUUUCGGUUUAUCUUAAAGAUAUCUUAUGUAUGUCUUGCCUGUAAAUUUUCUUUCAAAUGGUUUAGCCAGCCUUUUGUCGGAGGAAAGCCAGCUGGAAAUUUAAGCAUGUCUUCUGCCAUUCUCCUCUUUGGAUCAAUUCCAAGUGAAGUAUUGAGGAUGUACAACUUCAUGAACAUUUCUUGUAUCAGUAUGAGUACCUACAUGAACCACCAGAAGUACUUUAUUUUUCCAGCAUUAGGGCAUGUUUGGUUUAAUUACCAACAAAAUUAUGUUCGAGAUAUUAUUCAAAGUGGUAGAGGUGUUGUACUUGGCGGUGGUGGAAGAUGUGACACCCCUGGACAUUGCGCAAAGUAUGGAAGUUACAAUAUGAUUGAUUUAGAUGAGAGAACUGUUGCAGAUAUUCAAUUAAGAGUGCAAGCAAACCAAAUUAUUAUUAGUGGAUUAGUGCGGAGUGUCAAGUUUUUCUGUCACCAUGAUAUCCCAAUUAAGAAAAUCAUAAGAGAUGGACACAAAAUGAUAGCAAAGUGGAUACGGGAAACAACACACCACUUGGAUGUAUGGCAUGUUGCCAAAGGUUUAAAGAAAAAGUUGGCUAAACUUUCAAUAGAAAAAGACUGCAAUGACCCUCAGCCAUGGAUUAAAAGUAUUGUCAACCACCUUUACUGUUCUGUUGCCUCUUCCACAGGACAGGACCAGGAUGUUAUUGUUGCUAAGUGGUAUUCUAUUCUGAACCACAUCAUAAAUGUACAUGAUCGACAUGGUGAUGAAUUUCCAGCAUGUCAGCAUGGGCCUUUAGAGGGCAGAGAAAGGCACAAAAAAUGGCUUAAACCAGGAACAAAGGUGUAUGCAAAGCUGCAGGGAAUUGUGUGUCACUGUCAAAUGAAAAAGAAUGUUGUCACGCUGUCACCAGGCAAACAGACAUCAGCCUUGGAAUGGUACCAUUCUGUAAUAAACCACUUUGCACCCAAAAUGAUUGGCUUUUCUUACCAUGGAAUGCUUCCACAGUUGUGGCUGGCAGCUCUACACUUUAAUGAGAACAGCCAAAGGAAACAAGCUGUAACAAAGGAUGGCAGAGCACGGUACAAGAUAGUCUACCCAAAGUUUAAGAAGGGGGAUUAUUCUGUCCGAAGAAUUUUGGUAGACUGCACAUAUGGUAAGUGA